GACUAUUUCCCACACACAGAUCUGUCACUCAGGUGAACGUGUUGGUGUGGCAGCCGUACAGCGUUCCCAGCAGCACGCCCCUGAGGGUGGCCACCUGGACGCCCAGCGGGAAGCUGACCCUCGUCUCCCACGUGUCACUCUUCCCCGAUAAAUUUUCUGUGUAGUAAAACUGAAGUCCUUGAGUUCUGAGAGAAAGGCAAUGAUAUGAGUGUCCAAUUGAUUCUUCACCACAAAGGAGACACAUUCAUUGUCCUAAGAGCACUGUGUUCUACACUACCCUGUAGGUUCACGACCCCUCCGACCCUCACCGUGGCGGUGGAGUUCCUGCCCUACCACACAUUAACCUGGGUAGAGGACCCGCGCGAGCCUGGCGGACGCCGCCUACUCCUCACGGGUUUUGUGGAUGAAAUCGUAAAGUAUCUUGCCAGAGCCAUGAAUUUCAGGUACAGGUACGUGGUGUCCCCAGAUGGAACCUUCGGCACCAGGCUGCCUGACGGCUCCUGGACGGGCCUGAUGGGCAUGGUGGUGCGGGAGGAGGCAGACUUCGCACCAGGACCGUUUAUAAUCAAUCCUCAGCGAUACGAGGCAGCGCAGGCAGCGGCGCCUUAUUCUGGCUCAAACAUCAGAAUACUUGGAGGCCUGAAGGGGCUAGAGAUGGAUCCGUGGGGCUUCCUGUUUCCCCUCACACCCCUGGUGUGGACGGUCACUUUGGUAAUGCUAGUGGGGGUGCAUUUCGUCUUACAAGUACUUCCAUCUUGUCUGCUCGGCAAACGGCUGUGUAGUGAGGCCUGGCUGAUGGAUCCCUCACACUCAAUGCGCGUCCUUCUGCAACAAGACGUGGUGUGGCCCGUGCAGUGGUUGUGGUGGGAGCGUCUGUUGCUGGGGCUGUGGAUGCUGACCACGCUGGUGCUGACCAAGAGCUACGCCGGCAACCUCAUGUCCCUGCUGGCCGUAAGAUACGUGCCGCAGCCCUUCCAGACCAUUCAUGACGUCUUGGAUCACCCGAGCGUGUCCGUGAUAAGCCAGAAACACUCAAGCUACGAGCAAACACUCAUGGAUGUAAAGUCUGGGGUCCUGCGGAAGGUCGCUGACCUACAGCAGGAGGGUCGCCUAGAGUUCCAUACACUGAAGCAGCUGCCCCGGAGCAUUGACACCUUGGUGAGGGGAGGGACGCACGUCCACGUUGGCCUCGACAUCAACCUGAGAAGCCAGAUUGCUUUGGACUUCUCUAAAAAUGGUCGGUGCGGGUUCUACAUAUCGAGGGACGGGAUGCUGCCACUCUCUGCCUCAAUGAUGAUACAGAAGACCAGCCCUCUCGUGCACGGCUUCGAUCAGAGACUUUUGCUACUCGUUGCUCACGGAUUAAGACUAAACUGGAUAGAGCAUUUUCCAAACUCUACGGAGUGUAACAACGUUCCCAAGAGGAUCGCGGUCAGUACGCACAUCUCUAUUUCAAAUAUUUGGGGACUAUUCGCAGUGCUUGCCGGGGGUAUGGCGGCAGCACUGGUGGUGUGGUGUGCUGAGCUGCUCAUCAGACCACCAGAGAACACAGCUUCCCCUUAGAACCUGAUGUCUAGUCUCAGAUUAGGAAUUCCUCUCAGUACUUUCAGGACGGCACAGACACCCGCUCACCAGGGGUCAGACAAGCCAAGAAAGCGGCAGCAGCGACAGCAGACUUGGUGACGCUAUGAGGGAACAACAUACACUCAGCUGUUCAUAACCAACGCAAUGUGAAGAAUUUGACAUUAUAAAUGUUAUUUUUCAGUAAAUAAAGGAAUAAGAGCUCAAUACGUUCCUCAAGCAAUA